AUGGGCAGUCUCAUCACUCUGGCAACCUCCUUGAAUCAAUGGGCCCUCGACUUUGAAGGAAACCUCGAGCGAAUAUUGACAAGUAUUGCUAUCGCAAAGAGCAGGGGUGCAACAUUGAGAGUAGGGCCGGAACUAGAAAUUACCGGAUAUGGAUGCCUUGAUCACUUUCUGGAAGGCGACACUGUCAAACAUUCAUGGGAAGUCCUGGCCAAAAUACUGGCAUCGGAGGAGGCAAAGGAUAUUGUUUGCGACAUUGGAAUGCCUGUCGUUCACAAGGACGUCAUCUACAAUUGUCGAGUUAUCAUUUAUAACAAGAAGAUCCUCCUUAUCCGCCCCAAGAUGUGGCUAGCCAAUGAUGGGAAUUAUCGAGAACUGCGAUUUUUCACCCCUUGGACGAGGUAUCGACAAUGGCAGGAUCAUAAACUUCCCAAGAUCAUUCAAGCUCUCACAGGACAGGACAAAGUACCUUUUGGCGACGCAGUGAUCAGUACUCAAGAUACAUGUAUCGGCGUUGAAAUGUGUGAAGAAAUGUUCACUCCUGCGAGUCCUCAUAUUGAUAUGGGUUUGGAUGGCGUUGAAAUCUUCACGAAUUCUAGUGGUAGUCACCACGAACUUCGCAAACUGCAUACCCGAGUCGAUCUUAUCAAGGGGGCGACAAAACAGCACGGAGGAGUCUACUUGUACUCCAACCAGCAAGGCUGCGAUGGAGACCGCCUGUAUUACGACGGAUGUGCUAUGAUCGUGGUCAACGGAGAGGUCGUCGCUCAAGGAUCUCAAUUUUCUCUGAACGACGUGGAAGUACUUACUGCCACAAUUGAUAUCGAAGACGUGCGAUCUUAUCGUCUGAGGCAUAGUCGUAACAUGCAAGCAGCACAAGCAGAAUCCUAUCAUCGAAUCGAAGUAGAUUCUGAUCUCUCGGAAAAGGUACCACUAGAAGAAGACGUGUCAAGAUACCGGGCAACGGAAGCUCAGCAAGUCAGAUAUCACAUUCCAGAAGAAGAGAUCGCUCUCGGUCCGGCUUGUUGGCUAUGGGACUAUCUUAGACGUUCACGAACACAAGGCUAUUUCUUGCCCUUGAGUGGCGGAAUAGAUAGCUGCGCUACUGCCACGAUUGUCUAUUCGAUGUGCCGAUUGGUAGUCGAAGCGGUAGAGGGGGGUAAUUCACAAGUUAUCGCCGACGCGAGGCGAAUCGUUGGAGAACCAGAGGGUUCUGAUUAUGUUCCUUCAGACCCCAAAGAGUUCUGUGGCAGGAUUUUCCACACCUGUUACAUGGGGACGGAGAAUUCCAGCGACGAGACGCGCCAACGAGCCAAGCAACUUGCUCAGGACAUCGGGAGCUACCAUAUUGACCUCAAUAUGGACACCUUGGUUUCUGCUGUUGUCAGCCUGUUUGGAUUCGUUACUGGACGUACACCUCAGUUUCGUUCCCAAGGAGGCUCAAAUGCCGAGAACCUCGCGCUACAGAACAUCCAGGCCAGACUCAGAAUGGUCAUAUCCUACCUCUUCGCCCAGUUAUUGCCCUGGGUGCGUGAGCGAGCCGGCGGGUUGCUUGUUCUAGGAAGUGCCAAUGUAGAUGAGAGUCUUCGCGGGUAUCUUACCAAAUACGAUUGCUCCUCAGCCGAUAUAAACCCCAUCGGAGGAAUAAGUAAAACGGACCUCAAGAAGUUUAUUGCAUAUGCUAGGGACGCUUUUAAUUUGGAGAUACUGGAUAAGUUCUUGAACGCGGUUCCAACUGCAGAACUAGAACCUAUCACGGAAACUUACGUCCAAUCAGACGAGGCCGAUAUGGGCAUGACUUACGACGAGCUAUCCGUGUUUGGACGGUUGCGUAAGGUCGCAAAAUGUGGACCCUACAGUAUGUAUAUCAGGCUCACCAAGGAGUGGGGGGCUUUCUUGUCGCCGGCACAGAUUGCUGAGAAGGUUAAGCUAUUCUUCUUUGAGCACGCGAGGAAUCGCCAUAAGAUGACUACGCUGACUCCCGCCUAUCAUGCCGAGUCGUAUAGCCCUGACGAUAACAGAUUCGAUAUGCGUCCCUUCCUCUACCCUUCCCGCUUCCCAUGGCAGUUCAAGAAGAUUGACGAAGAAGCGGCCCGACUUGAGGAGCUUUCCAGGACUGACAAAGGAAAAGAACAGUAG